AUGUUCGACUGCUACUCAACGCUCGGGGUCAGCCCGUGUGCGGAAGAGAAGACCAUCAAAGAAGCCUACGAUCGACUGAUCGCCAACGCAUACGAGCUCCUGAUUGAUCCUACCCGUCGCAGGGAGUACGAUUUGAGUGUCAAGCAGCAGUAUCUCGGCACGCAGGCGAGAUUUGUCGAGGCGCAAAAAGAGAUGCACAGAGUUGUGACCCACCGACCCCAUGGACCUCAUGAUGCAAUUCUUUGGGAGAGUCACGGAACUAUGACUCAACUCGCUCAAACCAUGACGCGCUUGGUGCGGGAGCUCAAGGCCAUUCCGGAUGAGGGUGAGCGAGAACGCCAGAAAGAGUUCGACUCUCUGCGCCGAAGGGUUGAAUACCUCCAGGGUCAUGUGACGCACGAUGCCAAUCGGAUUCACGAUCUGAGGAGCAAGCUUGAACAGGAGGAGAAGAAGGCGCGUAUGCGUGACCGACCAGAAAAUCAUAAGCUACAUUCGAGUUGA